AUGGGGUGUGCACAAUCAAGAAUAGACAAUGAAGAAUCAGUUUUAAGAUGCAAAGAAAGAAGGAAUCUGAUGAAAGAGGCUGUUUCUGCAAGAAAUGCAUUUGCUUCCGCUCAGUCGGGCUACGCCGUAUCCCUCAAAAACACCGGCGCUGCCUUGAGCGAUUACUCUGUCGACGAGGUGCCGCCGCCGCCACCAGCCAUGGCGGUGGGGCCCGGAGACCCAGCUGUUACGGAGAGACCCCCGCCGCCGCCUUCUAUGGUGGAGUCCAGUCUGCCUCCUCCUCCGCCACCACUCCCGAGCUUUUCCCCUCUCCCGCCAAUUCAGCGUUCCAUGACUAUGCCUGCUGCGCUCUCUUACUCGGAGAAAAUGAAGGGUAUUGCUAUCGAUGAGAGUGAUGAAGAAGAGGAGAAAGAAGGGCUUAAUAGGAGGGAAAAAGGAGUUGAAGAGGCGGGCCCCGAGACCCCUAUAAGAACCCCUAAUCCGCCCCCGCUACCGGACCUUAAUGGCGUGGCAUGGGAUUAUUUUUUCAUGGGGGACAAUAUGCCCGGUCAGUCAUUAGACGAGGUGGGAGAAGAAGACGACGAGGAGGAGCAUUAUAUGGAAGGACAAAAGGGCAAUGAAAAUGGGAAUUUCGAUAAUGUAGAUAACAAUAACAUGGAGUUCAAGACGCCGGAGAAAAAUGUGGGAUUUUCGGGAGUUGAGGAGUUUAAGACGCCUGAGGAGAUGCCGGUGAAUGAGGGAAAGGAGAAGCAAUUCACACAUUCCAACACAGCACCACAUGGGAUGAGUAGAGGGAUUAGUAGUGGGAACAUGGUACGAAAUAGAAAUAGUGUCGAUUUGUCAAAGAUUUUGGGUAUGAUUGAUGAUCAUUUCCUUAAGGCUUCCCAAAGUGCACAAGAGGUGUCGAAGAUGCUGGAGGCCACCCGGUUGCAUUACCAUUCUAAUUUUGCAGAUAAUCGAGGGCACAUUGACCACACAGCAAGGGUCAUGCAAGUUAUUACAUGGAACAAGUCUUUCAGAGGCGUACCAAAUGGUGAUGACACAAAGAAUAACUUGGAUGCAGAAGAUUAUGAGACACAUGCCACUAUUUUGGAUAAAUUGCUAGCAUGGGAGAAAAAGCUAUAUGAAGAAGUGAAGGCCAGUGAACUUAUGAAACUCGAGUAUCAGAGGAAAGUUUCAGCGUUGAACAAGCUGAAAAAACGCAGUGCUAGUCCUGAACAGUUGGAGAAAGCAAAAGCUGCUGUUACUCAUUUGCAUACACAGUAUAUAGUCGACUGGCAAUCUUUGGAUUCAACUGUAUUAGAAGUGAAUGAUAUACGUGACAACCAGUUGUAUCCAAAACUUGUUGCUCUCGUUCAUGGGAUGGCAGAAAUGUGGAAAUCCAUGUGCACACAUCACCACAGCCAGCUGAACAUUGUUGCCGAACUCAAACCCCUUGAAAUUUCUGGAACUCUCAUUGAAACGAGCAAACAUCGUCAUGAGCGUACAAUCCAGCUUUGGAAUGUUGUACAGGAAUGGCUUUCACAAUUUGAAAAGCUCGUUACUAAUCAAAGGCAAUACAUCCAAGCCCUUAAUAGCUGGCUGAAGUUAAAUCUUAUCCCGAUUGAGAGCAGCUUAAAAGAAAAAAUCUCAUCACCCCCAAGAGUUCAGAACCCUUCAAUCCAGCCUCUCCUCCAUUCUUGGCACGACCAACUCGAGAAGCUUCCAGAUGAGGUUGCCAAAAGCGCGAUUUCUUCCUUUGCUGCUGUGAUAAAGACCAUUAUUGACCAUCAGGAGGAAGAAAUGAAGCUAAAGGAGAAGUACGAAGAAACCAGAAAAGAGUACAUGCGAAAAAACCAGGCAUUCCAAGAAUGGUAUCAAAAGUACAGCAUGCAGCAUAGAACCCCAGACGAGACUGACCCGGAGAAAACCGUGAGCUCCAACACCAAGGACCCCCUUUCGGAGAGACUGUUUGUGGUAGAAAGCUUGAAAAAGAGGUUGGAAGAGGAAAUGGAAGAUCAUCAGAAGAUCUGUAUUCAAGUGAGGGAGAAGUCACUUGGAAGUUUAAAAAUCCGGUUGCCUGAGUUUUUCCGAGCUAUGUCUGACUAUGCUCAUGCGUGUUUUGAUUCUUACGAAAGACUGAGAGUGCUUACACAAUCGCAGCAUCAUGUGAACCGGGGUUCAUAG